CGUGAGCGCGUGUCCGAGUCCAGUCAGAAGCGCCGUGAAGACAUCAGCAAAGUUGGUCAAAAUACCCGAGAUGACCCAUGCGCAGAAGGUCAAGGCUCAAGCAAGGAAAAUCCUCAAUGGGCAUAUUCUUUCGGUCGUCCUCAAGCAUCGCCCUCCGUAUGUGAGUUUGGUAAAGGACGGAAGGAGGGUUGCCGCCGCGUCGGGGAUCCUUAUUGAAGUCCUGGACAGCAUGGCCGAGAUCUACAAUUUCACGUACACCCUGAAGCUGCCUGACGAUGACCAAUGGGGAUCCCUGAAGAAAGACGGCUCAUGGACAGGGAUGGUCGGGGAGGUAUACAGAAGGGAACAAGAGAUGGCCCUGGGUCCUACAUCGAUCACGGAGGAGAGGGAAAAAGCCAUUGACUUCACCGUGCCAUUUGACUACGAGCCCUGGGACAUCCUCAUACCUCAGUCCAUCCAGAAAAUUGACUUCACUGCCUAUCUCUUUCCCUUCAGUGGCGUGGUGUGGGCGGCGACACUAGCAUCCCUAGUGGUGGUGGGCGUGGUCAUGUUCCUCAUGGUGGAUUUCAUCAGGAAGCAAAACAUAUCUGAGGAGCUACCGAGGCAGUACUCACUUCCUCACUUUGUGUUCAAUUGCCUCGGGGCCUUGGUAUGUCAGGCCAACAAGCAACCUCAACCAGGUGCGUCGAGGGUAAUGUCCGCCUUCUGGUGGAUUUUCGCCGUCAUUUUCAUCGCUUCAUACUCCAGCAAACUCAUUUCCUCUCUCACUGUGCGCUUCACCGUUCCCCCUGUGACGUCACUGAGGGAUAUGGUCGAGUCUAAGAAGCUCCUGUGGACUUACUUGGCGAACAGUGCAAUGGAGGAGAUCUUUCGGAAUUCGGCUCCAGACACCACCUUCGGCAUGGUAGGGCAGUUGCACAAGGACCGGCCGGGGCUUCUCGUGCGCAGUUUCGAAGAAGGAGUCGAAGCGGUUCGGACGCAGAAGUUCGCUUACCUCGAGGACAAUUCUUGGCUGGAGUUUGCAGUGGCUGACGAAGAAGCGCUGUACGGAGAGUGCCGCAUGACCGUCGUUAGGGAUCAUUUCUUCUCGACGAGGUUCGGGAUCAUAUUACAGCCUGGAUCACCGUACAGGGACGCCUUUACAAUACACAUCCUUGAGGUAAUCCAGUCGGGGUUGAUGGCUGUCUGGAAGAAGAAGUACUGGCCGGUGUCCCGCUGCAUCGGGUCGAGCACAAAGGCCCCGCUAAGGCCGCUAAACGUCUUGGACUUGGCAGGGACCUUCGUGCUGCUGGUGGCCGGCGCCUUGGUGUCUGCCUUGACCCUGCUCCUGGAAAUUCUGGUGGCCAAAGCGAAGGGCGGGGCAGCGAGUGACUGAAGAGAUGGUUUUUUUUUCUUUCUUUCUUUAAUUUUGAUAUUUUUUGGUUUGUUUAGUUAUUAUUUUAGUCUAUGACUGUUGAUGUUUCUUUGAGUCGUUCAUACUUUUUUUUUCUCUCUCUCUCUUCGGUAUUCUGCUUUUCUUUGCUCGUAAUGUUCUA